AUGUGGACUCUGGACUCUGGACUCAAAGGGGGAAGGACCAAAGCAAGCUUGGUUGAGGCAAACUCGCUCUGUUCACCAGUUGGAACGGUGUAUCCACAACUGUGUGCCUGUGUGUCCCUGAAGGACACUGAAUGGCUCGCUAAACUAUGGUGCUACUCGGCUGCCACUUGGCUCCUACCCCCGGGGUCCCCUACUCCAGUGGGGAUAAGUGAAGAAUAUCCAGCCACAUAUGCUGAGGAUCUGAAAAAAAUUGAUGUAGCAGUGGGCAAUUGUGUCACUUUUCUUAAGAAAUCAUUCAAGGAGCAGCUCAAAAAAUUCAAUAGGACCAUUGCUGGUGUCACCCCACUCGAUGAAAAUGGGGCUAUCAAUCUACACAAACAAGUGCUUUCCAUGGUAUGA